UGCUUACUGAGCAAACCUUUUAUCAUUGAAUCAUGGAAAUUUACAUUAUAGCAAACAAAAAAUAAUUUUUUUCAAUUUUACUUUAUAGGUUUACAGAAAAAAACUGCGCAACAAAAAGAUUAAGCCACUGUAAGAAUGUGCAGAACAAAACAAAUUUUCCCGGCCUUUCAGAUCAUCUGUCUAAUUCUAAUAGGGAAAACGUUUGGGAGAGCACCCAUGGCUGUAGCGUCGACUGCGGUCAACAUAGAGGAGAUUUUCAAACAGCACCAAGUUGUGCCGGACGUUAUACCUUCGGCGCCAAAGAAUUUUCUAAAGGUCACCUACAAAGGGGUGGUGGUAGAAAAUGGCAUUGAACUAACACCCACACAAGUGGCCACACCACCGACGGUAGAAUGGGAUGCCGAAGGUGAUGCCUUUUAUUUGCUCGUAAUGACUGAUCCAGAUGCACCCAGCCGCAAGGACCCAAGAUUUCGCGAAUUUCAUCACUGGCUGGUUGCCAAUAUACCAGGUGCAGAAAUAAGCAAAGGAGAUGUGUUGACCGCUUAUGUGGGUGCUGGGCCGCCCAAGGGAACAGGACUGCAUCGUUAUGUUUUCUUAAUUUACAAGCAACCAACUAAAUUACGAUUUCAAGAGCCGCGCAUACCAAAAAACAGCAGUCAAAAUCGGCCAAAUUUUAGUGUAGCAAAAUUUGCAAAGAAACACAAAUUGGGUGAUCCAAUUGGUGGUAAUUUUUUUCAAGCGGAAUGGGAUGAGUAUGUGCCGACAGUGCACAAACAAUUAGCGGGCAAGAAGUGA